GUGUUCAUUUAGGUGCUUUAUUUUCUGAACUAGCAUCUAUGGGUCCACCAUAAAAAAGAUGUGGUCUUCCCCUGUCUCCGUUUCCAAAGUGUCUGUGGAUCUGUAGGUCUGUGGAUCUGUGGAUUUGUGGGUCUUUGGAUCUGUGGGUGGAUUCCCGACUGAUUGCUUCACGGUCUCACGUGUGCUGUUCUCCGCGUUUCGGUCGCUGCUUGGUCUCCACUUUCUCCCGGACAAAAAUGGGGAAGCUAAAUUUCUACGUCCUUUGGAGUUUGCGGGACGUUCCCCGACAAUUCAGCUGCAAGUCCAACCGCAGGUGCUUCCAGGUGCACAUCCCGCUCCCCCUCCCCAAAAUGCUGGUCGUCUUUGGACUCGGGGAAUGGGCCUGCGAGGACACCACCAUCUCAGCCGAGGUGGUGGUCAGUGGAGAUGUCCAGGCCCAGAACAUAGGCACCCUCUCCUCUCAAGCAAAGUGCCUGACGUGGGAAGGCGACUGGAGCAGUGAGGUUGUCACGGCGGCGGCAGAAAGAGGCCGGAGGGGGGUGUACGCCAAGAUGGUGCUGAAGGUCUGCGGAGAGGAAAACGCCAGCCUCCUCAGCAGCACCCCUCUGGUGGACAGGAAACAUCUGUUUCCCGAGCAGCACAAUGAGACGGAUCUCUCCGGCACGUUAGCCCAAAGAGCCGAGGACCAGACGAUGACUCCCGACUCGUCGCAUCUGGGUGAGAGCGUCUGCUAUGCUGAGAUUCAGGUGAACAAAAUAGACACCAGCGACUCCCCCCACCAGUCGGCCUGGCCCACGGAGAAAACGCCCAGACGAACGGUCAUCAGCCGGAGAGGCCUCCUCACCUGGAGCUCCGAGGAGACGGACAGCCUGACGGAGGACGCGGACCGAGCCUCCACCCCCAAGAAGAGGAGGCUGUCCAGGAGGAGCAGCCAGGAGGAGAUGAGCGUGCAGAUCAAACAUGAAAACAGGGGAGUCUCAGCGUGUCCCUCGGAGCGAUGGGGCCACAGCAUGUGUCUGAGUGACCCGGACACGGCCGUCCUCAUCGGUGGGGAAAGCUCAGACCAAAACCACUGUGAGGAUUCUUUGUGGAAGCUCGAAAUAGACAGUGACUUCUGGUUCCCGAUGGACUCGUGUGCCUCUGGACCUUUGCCGCUGUGCGCCCGAGGACACACGGCGACCUAUGACCCGGACUCUAAGGCAGUCUUUGUGUACGGUGGCCUGAGGGAGGGUCAGCGCUACAGCGAGCUGUACAUCCUUAACACUCUGACCUGGAAGUGGAAGCUUGUCUCUGCAAAAGGGAAUGUACCAAACUUGGCAUAUCACUCUGCAACAUUUUACAAGAAGGAGCUUUUUGUCUUUGGGGGAGUUCAGCCAAGCCAUUCCUUGGGGGAUAAGUCCUGUAGUAACGCUCUAUACAUCUUCAACCCAGAGUAUGAGCUAUGGUACCAGCCCAUUGUGGAUGGAGAGAGGCCUCUUCCUCGCUUUGGACACUCGGCCACUCUUCUCUCUCAGAAGUUGGUUUUCUUCGGUGGACGAAAGACGGCCACCUACCUGAACGACCUCCACAUUUUAGACCUGGGUUUCAUGGAGUACACAGCUGUGAAGUUUGCGAACAUGCCACCACUGCCUCGGGGGUUUCAUGCAGCACUUCCAGUUUCGGACAACAGGAUUUUGAUCAGUGGAGGAUGCAGUGCCAUUGGAGCUCUGAAGGAUGUGCAUAUAUUCAACACUGAUUCCGGCAUGUGGAGUUCUGUGGCCUGUCCACCGCUGUGCUCCAAGCCCCGUGCUGGGCACAGCGUGAUACGUCUGGACAGCGCCGUCCUGACGGGCACGGACCACAGACGGCAGGAAAACACAAACACUCAGUGCACUUUGCUGGUGUUUGGCGGGUCGGACUGCUGCGGAUCCUUCUACAACGACACCGUCAAGUGCACGGUGGAGAUCGCCGGCGAGCCGUGAUGCGAUUCAAACUGAGUGCGUGAUGUGAGCUGAUGUGACAGAAAGGUGCAUUUUCUCUGCCUAAUUUGGGCCUUAAUCAUUCAUCCUGCCACCAGACGGGGAGUAAGCAGAGGUCCCUGAGGUUCUGCACUUUGCCUAACAAAUGUUUGAUCUGCAUGUUUUACCCAUUAUGUCCUCUUACAUGUCCUCUACAGAAGGGGAAUGUGAGGGUCGAGUGCCGGGAAGGGGGAAAUGACAUUUAAAAUAAGAAUUCUAAUAAAUGUUUUUAACUCAAA